AUGGAACAAGUGAAUUCUUUUAGUGAGAAAAAACUCCAACAAGUGGAAAUUUUUCAGAAAUUCGCAACGGAUCUUGCAACAGAGCAAGGUAAAGGUACUAGUGGACAAUUAAUUUUAACGUAUAAUGAUUUUAUCAAUUUAAUUUCAAGUUCUAAAACGCUUUAUUCGAAGUUUACAGAUCACUCGUUUAACUUAAAUCAGAUUCCCCCAAAUGCAUUUGGAUGCAUUUUCUUUGCACUUGAUGAAACUAACAAAGGAUAUUUAAACAUCAACGAUUGGUUCCAUUUUAACAAUCUAUUGGAAUACGACAACUACCAUCUAAUUAUUCUGUAUGAAUUUUUUCGAAAAUUCGACGUCGAAAGGAUUAGAGCUAACCGGCGGCAGCAGUUACAGGAUGCUGUUAAACAAUCCAAUGUUAAGCCAGGAAUGGCAGCAGAUGAUGCAAGAGUAAAAUCAAUUAAUUAUGGUAGUAAAUUUUUAAGCUUUGACGACCUUUUACUAAAUUUAACCCAAUUUAAAAGUACAAUUAAGCUUUUACACAGUUGUUCCAAGGAUGAAUUUGCUUUGACGAAUGAUUUGUUCCUAGAUUGGGAUAAGUUUAAGUUUUUAAAAUUCUAUGAAUGCUACCCAUAUAGUUUCGAAGAAGGUCCCUUUUUAAGCUUAAACUCCAUUGUAACCAUUUUACAAAAUGAUUUGAAAAAUGAAAAAUUGUACGUUGGAUUUAGUAAGUUGGCUCACAUGGAUCCAAUUAAAAAAUGCUUGGCACUUAAUAAAAAUCAAUUGGUUUACCUUUUAAAAUUAUUCUACUCACAUCGUAUAUCUACCGAUGUUUUCGAAUCAUUAAAUUUGACCAACACAGAUUUAAUUAAAUCUAACAAUAACGCCAUUGCAUUCAAUGUCUUUAAGGACCUUUUUUAUUUAUUUCAAAAUUUUGAUUUACUUAACCAAGCUCUCAUCCGAUAUGCUACCGUUAACGAUUUUACUGAAAGAGAUUUGAGAGAACGUCCAAUUACAAAGAUGGAUCUUUUACAAAUUUUAAACACCCAAUACAAUAAAGUUAACAACAUUAUAGAGUUUUCACCUUCACAGAUUAACUUAUUGUUUUCCAUUGUUGCCAAUUCUAAAGAGAAUAACACACGAAAAAAGUUGCAGAUGCAUCAUGAAGAUUCUCAAAUUGAUAAUUUCAUUCACAACGAAUAUGUUCAUGGUAUUAGUGGACGUCGUAAGCAAUUAGAAACAUUUAAUGACACAUACCAAGAAUUGGUGGAGGGCUUCCACCAGAGUGCGGUGGUGCACAAUUCGUUAUCUACAAAGCCUACGAGUUUCUUUGAUUUCUUCAUCCCCAGAUCCGAUCUUGCCAGUUUCUGGUAUAACUUAACUACAGAAGAUUUUAUGAAAAUUUUGAACCCCAAUUAUUUGAACGAUGUAGUACACCAGAUGGAAUUGCGUAGAAUUCAAAAAGACUCUCUUUAUACAAACUAUUAUUUCUACCCCAUUUUUGAUUCCAUUUACAACUUUUCCUUAGGAUCCGUCGCAGGAUGUAUUGGCGCUACCGCAGUCUACCCCAUCGAUUUGGUCAAAACAAGAAUGCAAGCACAACGGUCGUUGUCACAAUAUACAAAUUCCUUUGAUUGUUUUUCCAAAGUUCUCUCUAGGGAUGGUGUCAAAGGGUUAUAUUCUGGAUUAGGUCCACAGUUACUUGGUGUCGCACCAGAAAAAGCUAUUAAGUUGACCGUUAAUGACUUGAUGAGAAAGACUCUUUCGGAUAAGAAGGGCAAAAUUACUUUAACAUCAGAAGUUCUGGCUGGUGCCUCUGCAGGUGCUUGUCAAGUCAUUUUUACCAAUCCACUGGAAGUUGUUAAAAUACGACUACAAGUGAAAUCCGAGUAUGCCCUUGAAAAUUUGGCUCAAUCAGAAAUGACAGCGUUUAGUAUAGUUAGAAAAUUGGGAUUCUCUGGUCUUUAUAAGGGUUUAACUGCAUGUCUCUUGAGAGACGUCCCAUUUUCUGCAAUAUAUUUCCCAACAUAUUCCCAUGUUAAAAGGGAUGUUUUCAAUUUCGAUCCACAAAGUAAUACUGGUAGAAGUCGCCUGAAGACUUGGGAAUUACUAUUCUCCGGUGCAUUAGCAGGAAUGCCAGCAGCAUUUUUAACUACACCAUGUGAUGUGGUUAAAACUAGAUUGCAAAUAGCUCCACGCAAGGGUGAAAUGAAAUACCAUGGUAUUAAGGAUGCUAUUAAAACCAUUCUUAAGGAGGAAAGCUUCAAAAGUUUUUUCAAAGGUGGUGGUGCCCGUGUUCUAAGAAGUUCUCCGCAGUUUGGAUUUACUCUAGCUGCAUAUGAAAUGUUCAAAGAUCUUGUCCCCAAGCCAAAUAAGACUUUUAGAUCUCCAACUCACGAUUUUGACGAAGAAAUUCCAACGGUCGCAAAUUCAUUUACUUCAUUUUUCAGAAAACUGAAAUCUUCAUCCCAACCUAUUACUGUCGAGGAUUCUUACCAAACCGAUUUUUUCAGCCCCACGGUAGAUCCUUACAGCAGUAACUAUUUGAACUAUUACUACAAGAGUUGUCAAGUGGCCAAGUUAUUUAUUGAUUUGGACAACAAUUUUUCACACUUCAACUAUGACGUUUAUACCAAAUUCCAGGACUCUUUGAAGAGUAUUGCAUCGGGCAAAUAA